AUGUCCGUGGGCUCCAGCGACCUGAGCUACAGCAGCCGCGUCUGCCUUCCUGGUUCCUGUGACUCCUGCUCCGACUCCUGGCAGCUGGACGACUGCCCAGAGAGCUGCUGCGAGCCCCCCUGCUGCGCCCCCAGCUGCUGCACCCCGGCCCCCUGCCUGACCCUGGUCUGCACCCCAGUGAGCUGUGUGUCCAGCCCCUGCUGCCAGGUGACCUGUGAGCCCAGCCCCUGCCAAUCAGGCUGCACCAGCUCCUGCACGCCCUCAUGCUGCCAGCAGUCUAGCUGCCAGCCGGCUUGCUGCACCUCCUCCCCCUGCCAGCAGGUUUGCUGUGUGCCCGUCUGCUGCAAGCCUGUGUGCUGCAAGCCUGUCUGCUCUGUGCCCAUCUGCUCUGGGGCUUCCUCUCUGUGCUGCCAGCAGUCUAGCUGCCAGCCAGCUUGCUGCACCUCCUCCCAAAGCCAGCAGGGCUGCUGCGUGCCUGUCUGCUGCAAGCCUGUGGUGAGCUGUGUGCCCAUCUGCUCUGGGGCUUCCUCUUCAUGCUGCCAGCAGUCUAGCUGCCAGCCAGCUUGCUGCACCACCUCCUGCUGCAGACCCUCCUCCUCCGUGUCCCUCCUCUGCCGCCCCAUGUGCAGGUCUGCCUGCUGCAUGCCUGUCCCUUCCCGCUGUGCCCCCACCUCCUUCUGCCAACCCAGCUGCUGCCGCCCUGACUCCUGUGUGUCCCUCCUCUGCCGCCCCGUGUGCUCCCGCCUGGCCUGCUGA